UCAGCGGGAGCGCAGGUACUCUCAGGGAGUGUCCGGGAAGAGAGAUAUCCGAUACUUAAGAAACCGUGGAGGAAGGACGUGUUAAACUACGCCAGCCGCGCGCAGAGGACACAGACAUGGAUUUCCCACGGAGGUUUUGGCUCCUGCUCGUUUUCUGCUGGAUUUCUGCCUCGGAGGUCGCAGCAGCCGGGCCAAAGGCUCGUGGUUUCGUUGGAGUUGUGGACCCCGCAGACUCCAAAAAGGUUAUUAUUGACUCAGCGGCGUCAGAGACGCUGAAGAGCAGUCUCACCACCGUCUUCUUCCCCAUCGUCUACAUCAUCGUCUUCGCCGUGGGGCUUCCGGCCAAUGGGAUGGCCAUCUGGGUCUUCCUCUUCAGGACCAAGAAGAAGCACCCGUCCUCCAUCUACAUGGCCAACCUGGCCCUGGCCGACCUGCUCUUCGUGGUCUGGAUGCCCCUGAAGAUCGCCUACCACGUCAACGGCAACGACUGGGUCUACGGGGAGCCCCUGUGCAAGGUGCUGGUGGCCUUCUUCUACGGGAACAUGUACUGCUCGGUCCUGUUCAUCGCCGCCCUCAGCGUGCAGAGGUACUGGGUGGUGGCGCACCCCCUGACCAGGCAGAAGAGGAACAACAAAGUGGCCGUGGGCGUCUGCGCGGCCAUAUGGGCCUUCAUCUGGCUCACCACCACUCCCCUGUACCUGUACGACCACACGGCCCGCAUCGCCGACCCCAACGUGACCACCUGCCACGACGUGAACGUCGUCCUCGACAUGGACGACCCCUUUCCCUCCGUCAAGUUCCCCUUCUACUACUUCAUGCUGAUGGGCACGCUGGUGUUCAUCCUGCCCUGCCUGGUGAUCGUGGUGGCCUACGUCAUGCUGCUGAAGGCUCUGGGGAACCGGAUGGCCGACAGCACGGCGUCCAAGAACCGGCAGAAGGCCGUGGUGCUGAUCGCGGUGGUCCUGGUCACCUUCCUGGUGUGCUUCGUCCCCAGCAACAUCAUGCUGGUGGUGCACUACUCCCUGCUGAAGGAGGGCGUGAGGAACAACGGCUACGGCUUCUACCUGUCCACGCUGUGCCUCAGCAGCCUCAACAGCUGCCUGGACCCCUUCAUCUACUACUUCGUGUCGGACGAGUUCAGGAACCACGUGAAGAACACCCUGCUGUGCAGGAGCAGCCGGACGGUGGAGAGGAUGAGGGUCUCCUUCAGCUCCAUGAAGUACUCGCAGAAGAGCAAGGCAUUCGUGUCGCAGUCCGAGAACACGCAGAGCAGCACCUGUUAGGGACAAAAAGGAUGGGCGGGGAGGACGGGGCCAAAGACUUUGGGACAGAUCCAGCCUCCAGAGGCUGCGAGCCGAUGAGCUCAAAGGCUCGGAUUAACUCAAAAGUGUGAGGACGAGCCUUCUUUAGAGCGAGCAGACUACGGCCGGUGAUGUGUCCGGCCUGAAUUUGAGCAGCUGCUUUAUGUUACAAUGUGAAAUAUUUAGUUUUUUAUAGACAUAUCUAUGUGUGUCACAGCUACACAAAAGGCUCCUUUAACGACGGGCAUUUAUUGAUGUUUUAUUAACAUGACGCGAUCUUUCCUCUCGUAAGCAAAUCUGUAGUCAAACCGCCACAUUGCGAUAAGAAAUAUGACGUAAGGAAAGCUCCAUGGCUAUGAAACGUCAAAUUUUGUAUUUAUAAAUGUGUAUUUUUUUUGUCCAUUUGGCACAUUCCUGCAUCCGUCAGGUUUUAUAUUUUCUUUUAGUGUUUAUUUUAAGCUUUCUGGGCCAAACGUCAGCUUUUUUUUUUUUUUUAAAUAGAAAAAAACAACAACUGUGUAU